GUUAGAGGUACAAUAGUCGAGAUUGUGCACUAGCUGCAGGCUGCCAUAUUUGGGUGGGGCUACACGUGACGGUUGAUGACGAAAACAUUAAUUUCCUAGCUAUAGUAAUCAAUGUCCAAGUUUUUUGUCCAAUCAAUGUCCAACUAAGACUAAAUUGGUACUAACAAAAAGGGACUUCUUCCUAAAUUUGUCUGCAACAGCUCAACAGUCAUGACUUUCCAUGAUAUAAGGAUUUCUUACCUCAACGAAACUCAAAACACUGAUUUUGAAGUUGUUGUGUUCACAAAGAACUUCAAUAUCAACAGUCCAGAGGCGUACUAUGUUGCCUGGCAGGUCCUGAGGGGACAGACCCAAGUCGAAUUUGUCUAUCCUGUCUCCAUGGAUGUUGGUGCUACUUACACUAGCUCUGGACAAUUCAUUUCGGCUGGACCAUUCCCUUCAAAACUAGGAUCAACUUGGGAGAUUACUCAAGACAGCAUCUCUUCCCCAGCAACCCUCAAAGAAGUGACGGCUCCCACUAAUCCAAAUGGGUCCAUUGUCAUCAAGAACAUUCCACCAGCUACAUGGAGUGGAAACAUGUUUGACAUUGGUGUCUACAAGUAUGGCAGUCUUCUAGUCGUUCAGAAGGAUGUCCAUGUUGGCAAUCAAGUUGACUUCAUGCUCAAGCCUAAGCUGUACUUUGGAGUGGUCCGUAACAUGGUUCAGGGUGAUGUCUUCACUUCUUUGGAGAUCACCAGCUCCUUGACUGAGUUUAAUCUGACUAACUAUCCUAAUGGUUUAAAGGUUACACUCAAGCAGCUCCCAGGAGGUAUGGAGUACGUGUUUUUGGGAGAGGCCAUGAGCUAAACAAACAAUUUUGGACUUGUUAUGUAUAUAAUGAUAUAAUGCUUUGCAAUUGAUUUUAUAGCUGUUGUAGUUAUUAGUUUUUCAGAAUUAUUAGUUUAGAUGAAGUCGUAA